AUGACUGCAGAAAACGAACGAGAAAUUUAUCAUAAAUUAGAAGCCAUGAAAGAGAUCAGAAUGGGGAUGUAUAAUAUGGCUUGCAGGAAUAAAACGAUCACGUUGGAGCGCCUAAAACGAAGUAUACUAAAUGAGGUGCGCAGCGGAGACCAGGAAGGCCGCUGCCUGGCGCAGUAUAAGCGUGAGAUGGAGCUGCUGCAACAAGAAAAGAUGAGCCAUGUGGAGGAGCUUCGUCAGAUACAUGCUGACAUUAAUGCUAUGGAGACCGUUAUUAAACAAACAGAAGAGAGCAUGUCGCGCAAGCUCUCGAAUGCGUCACGUCUACAUGAAGAUUAUCGGCCGCUUAAAGCUGAAGUGGACCUAUUGAGGAGACAGUGUCUUGGACUUGACCGGUUACCUGAUUUACAUGAAGAAGAGGGCAGUCCUAUUACUCCCGACCGGUUCCCGGCGGCGACGCGCGCGCUGCCGGCGGGCGGCGUGGGCGGGCCGGUGGGUGGCGUGGGCGGGUCGGUGGGCGGCGUGGGCGCGGUGGGCGGCGCGUUCCUGGCGCCGGCGCCGCGCAAGCCGCCGCCGCCGCCCGCGUUCAGGUCUGCCAAUCCUGGUCUCGAUCAGGAUUUCCUUACCGUCUCGCUGAGGCAGCAGCCGCCGCCGAUGAAGUCGUGCCUGUCGUGCCACCAGCAGAUCCACCGCAACGCGCCCAUCUGCCCGCUCUGCAAGGCCAAGAGCCGCUCGCGCAACCCCAAGAAGCCCAAGAAGAAA